UAGGGUUCUCGCCAAAUUGUUUCAAUUUAUUACUCGAAUUCUCUAAUUCUCUUACGCUUCGAUUCAUAUAAACAGAUCCCCUUCCGAUUCUAUCUCACCAAUAUCUUACUUUCACCAGGAUUUUGUCGAAUCUGAGAAAUCGAAGCGAUAAUGGGUCAGAUCCAGUACUCCGAGAAAUACUUUGAUGAUACCUUCGAGUAUAGGCAUGUGGUUCUUCCUCCGGAGGUUGCAAAGCUUCUUCCGAAGAAUCGUCUUCUUGCUGAAGGUGAGUGGCGUGCAAUAGGAGUGCAACAGAGUCGAGGAUGGGUGCACUAUGCAGUUCAUCGACCAGAGCCACACAUCAUGCUCUUCAGGAGGCCUCUUAAUUUCCAGCAGAAUCAAGAAGCCCAAGCUUAAUAUUUUUAAUAUAUACUAAAAUUUUAUUUGGAUUCGAUUGUCAUAUUUUAAGGGUGAUAUUUGUAUUCCAGAAACGUUUUUCUUUUUUAAAUUUCGAUGGUUUGGUUUAAAAUACCAUUAGGAUGACAUUGGCCAAUGUAUUGUAACGGGAUCAACUUUUAAUUUUCUUUAAAAUGGUGAAAUUGGCAUGAAGUUAACCUUUGGUGAA